UGCAAACAAAUAUAAGUACAAAAUUUUAAUUAAUAUAAAUGAUCCGCAAUAUUGUUGUAGGCAUGUCCGGAGGGGUGGACAGUGCUGUGAGCGCCCACCUGCUAAAGGAGCGUGGCCACCGCGUCAUGGGCGUCUUUAUGCGCAACUGGGACGAGCACGACGAGGCCGGCCGCUGCAGCGGCGAGCAGGAUCUAAAAGACGCGGAAUGGGCUUGUCAACGGCUGGGGAUCGAGCUGCGGCAGGUGAACUACGUGAAAGAGUACUGGACUGCGGUGUUCAGCGCUUUCUUGGACGACUACCAGCAGGGCCUAACUCCGAAUCCGGACAUCCUCUGCAACCGGCACAUCAAGUUCGACCUGUUCCACCGCCAUGCCCUGGACAAGCUCGGCUACGAUGCCGUGGCAACCGGCCACUAUGCUCGUAACAGUCUAGGCAACUUUCUGGAGCAUCGCGCGGACGGAGGGGAGGCCCGCCUGCUCAUACCGGCGGACACCUUUAAAGAUCAGACCUUCUUCUUGGCGGGGAUACCGCGACAGGCCCUGCAGCGCACCAUGUUUCCCUUGGGCGACCUGGCCAAGAACGAGGUGAAGCUAUUGGCCCGACGAAUAGGCCUCCAGCGCCUGGCCCACAAACGGGAGAGCACCGGCAUCUGCUUCGUGGGCAAGCGUGACUUCAAGUCCUUCAUUCGCGAGUACAUCGCCUCCAAAAGCGGCCAAUUCGUGGACAUUGACAGUGGGGCCAUUGUGGGUAGCCAUGAAGGCAUCCACCAGUGGACCGUGGGCCAGCGCUGCCGCCUCGGCUCCUUCUUACAGCCGUAUUUUGUGGCCCGCAAGGAAGCCUCCAGCAACACCAUUUAUGUGGCAGCCGGCCACGAACAUCCUGCCCUCCUCAGCACCUGCAUCCACAUUGAGGCACCCAACUGGCUGUGCGUUCAAUCCCAGCAGAGGCUCGCAUCCGCAGGCAGCCUGCGAUGUCGCUUUCGCUUCCAGCACACCAAGCCGCUCGUUGACUGCUGCCUCCGCUCCUGCCCUGAUGGCGGCUUUGAGGUGCUGCUGGAUAUGCCUCUGCGGGCCAUCACCCCCGGGCAGUAUGCGGUGUUCUAUGAUGAUGUGGCCUGCCUGGGCGCAGGCCGCAUUAUGAGCGCCCAUCCCCUGACUUGCCCGCACGAUCAGCAGUCGCAGGUCCAGACCGUCUCCAGCUGACAAGAUUCACGAAGGGAUUUCACAAAGCAUGUAAAACCCUUUUACAUAAGCAGUGCAAGUGAUUCUUUUCAUGAGACUUAUUUAUGACGUAACAAACAGACGGUUGUGUUAAGGCUGAACAUUUCAUGUCUGUUUUGUUGUGUUGCAUGAAAUCAAAAGAUUCACUCGAAAAUAUUUUAUGUGAACACGUCGACCCCCUGAUUAUAAUGUUUUGUUAAUUAUUUUGUAAGAAUACCAAAGUGUUUUAAGCCAAAACGGA